AUGCAGUCGCAAACGAACCCUAAUCCGUCACUUCCCGAUGAUUUGAUAUUGAGCUGCGUCGCACGGGUCUCAAGAUUGUAUUAUCCGGCUCUCUCCCUCGUCUCCAAGAGCUUUCGAUCUCUCAUAGCUUCACCGGAGCUUUACAAGACCCGAUCACUCUUGGACCGCACGGAGAGUUGUCUCUAUAUUCUGUAUUGCACGUCUAACACGUGGCACGAGGGCCCUAGGUUGCGGGUGAAGCUAAUGUCAUGUACUGCUUGCGUUCUUGAUGAAAAGAUAUAUGUAUCAGGAAGAUGCAAAGAUGGCGACUCCAUGACGUUCCAAGUGUUUGACACAAAUACACAAACUUGGGAUCCUUUGUCUGUCCCUUGCAGCGAGACAAAACACGACUUUCACUACAAAAUCGUAAGGUUUGACGGAAAAUUGCACCUGGUGAGCUACAAAGGUGUGGAUGCUUACAAUUCCAAGGAAGGUAGAUGGGACCUGGUUACACCAAGCAUAGAACAUAAUAAGUAUUUAUAUGAUUGUUAUCGCAAUAUAGGGAAUGUUUGGUACACUAUUGUAAAAGGAGAUAUCUCAACGUCCGUAUGGUGGUAUCACAGUGAGGAAAGAGAGUGGAGAGACUUGAAGGGUAUGGUAGGAUUACCUAAGUUCCCUAUUGAUGCUUGUCUUAGAAUGGUUGAUUAUGGUGGGAAGAUGGCAGUUUUGUGGGACGACUAUUUGCCUGGGCGCCGAAAGAAGAUGAUUUGGUGUGCGGAGAUUGCGCUUGAAAGACGCGGAAGUUUGGAAAUAUGGGGAAAAGUUGAAUGGUUUGCUCAUGUGCUUACAGUCCCUAGACAAUAUGAAUUCGUCAAGGUUCUUGCUGCUACUCUUUGA